UUCUUUUUUCAAUGUGGCCGCUGCGGGUCUGUUGCUCCGUGUGUCAGUAGCGGUCGGUGUUUCCAGACAGUGUUGCUGAUAGCGGAGCGUUUCUGUUUCUGUUUGUUCUCGGCUCGCCCCGUCGCCCCAGGAGACACACCGCGGGGGAGAGGCACCUCGACGUGGACGUGGUCAGUUGGCGUGUCCCGACUUGGAGUGACGGCCGGGCGCUCCUAUGAUUCCUGCUACACAUCUCUUCCCCGCUCCCUGACUGACUGCUCCGCGGACCGUGCUCCCGUCGCUGACCCAUUUUACCACUUCGUCCGAGCUUGAGGGAAGCCGGGGCUCAAGAUGUCGGUGGCGGGCCUGAAGAAGCAGUUCUACAAAGCCAGCCAGAUGGUAAGUGAGAAAGUCGGAGGAGCAGAAGGAACUAAACUAGAUGAAGACUUCAGAGACUUGGAACGGAAAGUAGAUGUGACCAGUAAAGCAGUAGUGGAGGUCAUCUCCAAAACAUCAGAGUACCUUCAGCCCAACCCAGCAUCUCGUGCCAAACUGUCCAUGUUGAACACCAUGUCAAAGAUCCGUGGUCAGGUGAAGAACCCAGGUUAUCCUCAGGCUGAGGGGUUGUUAGGAGAGUGUAUGGGCAAAUAUGGACGGGAACUGGGAGAGGAAACAAACUUUGGCGGAGCACUUGUAGACGUAGGAGAGGCCAUGAAGAGAAUGGCAGAAGUGAAAGACUCUCUAGACAUCGAUGUUAAGCAGAACUUCAUUGAUCCGUUGCAAGGGCUCUGUGACAAAGACCUCAGAGAGAUACAGCACCACCUGAAGAAGCUUGAGGGUCGUCGCCUUGACUAUGACUACAAGAAAAAGCGUCAGGGCAAGAUCCCAGAUGAGGAGGUCCGACAGGCCCUGGAGAAGUUUCACGAGUCAAAGGAAGUGGCCGAGACCAGCAUGUACAACUUGUUGGAGACUGAUAUCGAGCAGGUAAGCCAGCUCUCGUCUCUGGUGGAGUCCCAGCUGCAGUACCACAGGCAGGCUGUUCAGGUGCUGGAUGAGCUUUCUGACAAACUCCGUGAAAGGAUGAAUGAGGCUCAGUCUCAACCGAGACGGGAAUACACACCUAAACCCAAACCUAUCUAUGACUUUGGAGAAGACAACCAUUCAAACGGCGGAUACUCAACAUCGAUGGCCCCUCCACCCUCAUGUAAUUCAGAGCCGUCUUUUCACUCGGCCAGAUUGUCCUCUCGCAAACCCAGAUUGUCACCGGAGCAGCCGAGCUGUAAGGCGCUGUACGACUUUGAUCCGGAGAACGAGGGCGAGCUGGGCUUCCGCGAGGGCGACAUCAUAACCCUGACCAAUCAGAUCGACGAAAACUGGUACGAGGGCAUGCUGAACAGCCAGUCGGGGUUCUUCCCCCUCAACUAUGUCGACGUCCUCGUCCCGUUGCCACAAUAAUACAAAGAGAGCGGGAGAGCUGAGAGGAGACCGGUGGAGGUGGAGAGCGCAAGUAGAAAUAGCAGAGGGGGAGGAAAGUCAGGCCAAGGGAUGAUCCGCAGAAGAUUCAUUUUCAGCCUCAGCACCAGUGACCAGAGACGAGCACUUUUUGUCAUCUUGUUCUGGGGGAAGAUGGUUACAUUUCAGAGUCCAGAGAUGAAUUUCUUCCCAUUUCACCCAAAGGUAAAAGGAUCUAGAGAUGGACAAGACACGUCAUCACUUUUUAUCCAAUAGUAGGAAAUAUUUACUGAUGAAACAUUUCUAAGCAAUACUUUUUUAAUUAACUACAAAUUACUGAUAUGAUAAAGAGAUUUGUGUUGAAUCUGAUGACUGGAAUGAUGCAUUUAUAUUAUUGUCUUUUGUGCAACUACAGUCUGUUUGAAACUCAGGUUGGUCACCAGUGUAAAAGUCCGUUUUCAGACUGGAGAGGCCAACUCCAACCUCACAGCUGAUUAAUAUGUUUGAUGUAACCUGACUGAAAAUCAUUCUCAUUUCAAAAUUGAGAAACGAUUAUCUUGUCUUUAAGGAGAUUUGGCCAGCGGCUCAUGCUGCCUCCUGUUGGCGUGACUUAGAAUUACUUUCACAUAAACUAAAAUGUGACUGCAACAUCAACGUAGUUCUACCUGCAUCUAUAAAUGAAAAUUGUUGCGUAUUUUUAACGAGAAAGAUGAGUCAAAAUGUAUCUCAGAUUUGUGAGUCCUACAGUUUCCAGGUUGUGUUAACGCUCGUUUUCUCACCUGUGCAUUGAUGAUGCUACAGUAGCGUCACAAGACAACAGCAGGUUAUUUUCGUAUCAUUUCAGUAUUUGAUUUGAGAUUAGUCUCAGCUUACCACAGUAGUUUUUAAGAGUAGACCGACCGAUUAUGUGAGAAAACGUACUUGCACCUUGGUCCUCAGAUGAGAUUGAUGUGUGUGUGUGACAGACUUACCUUGCCGUUAUACAAUGACCCAAAGUUUUAAUGCAGACCUUGCACCUUUUUGUCACUUAAGGCGAGCGUGUGUAGAAUGAUUAGCCGUUUGUCUGCUAGUCUUUUUGACAGAAAAGACGGAGCCAAAAAGUCUCUAUAAAAUGUAAUAUUAACCUAUCGCCUAGUGCGCUCGGAUAUUCUCAAGCAGCCAUUUAUUCAUGUAGUAUUGGGUCUGUUUGUGUUAUCAUGUUAUGCCUUUUGUCUUUUGAGCCCUGUUGUAGGCACCUGUUUACUCCCUGCAGUGCCUGACUAGACGACGCUGCUGGCAGCGACUCUCACUCAGACUCUUCAACGAUUGUCCCUUUGUUUCUAUCUGCCCUCAUGUGUUUGAGAAUGUGAACCUUGUUUCUGCUUUGAAGCCUUGUGCGACCCCUGUUAUUCUGAUCACUGACGACUGCUUUGAUUUUUUUGUUAGUGUAAUGGGCUGAUUCAGACUGGUGUUUUAAUCUAUUAAGACAAGGCUGGUUUCUUGUUUUGGAUCGAGUCACAGUCGGCACAAGCCGCAUGUGGAGUCUAGUACACUGUACUGUAUGAGGGAAACACCUGGAGUGAAAGGGAAAACAUCAAGGGAAGAAAUGAUGAUUGGUAUAAUUUGGAGAUCCCUUGUUACCAAUUCAUCUUUACCAAACAUGUCUAAUCAGUCCGAUUGUCUUCGGGGGGGAGUUUUAAUGAAUGAAAAAUACUAUUUGAAUGUGUCUGCUACAUUCCCCCUGUUAUUUGUGUUUGUCCCUCACUCCACGCUGCCAGACAUUAGUUUGGUCCUCGUCUACACAUGUUUACAUCUCUGAUCAUACAACAUUUCAUUGCUUGUACCAAGUUCAGGGCAAAGUUAAAGACUGUAGGAGGUGCUGCCUGGGUCACACUGUAAUAAAAAACAAGUCCUUGUUAGCUUUGUGUGAGUGCCUUUGGAAAAGAAAGGAGGGAAAAUACCGCAACUAAUACAGCAACCAAAACCUAACCUAGCUACUUAAAAAAGACAAUGGUUGAGUUUCUUUUUUUUUUUCUUUCUAUUUUUGGUUUUAUUUGUAGCCAUUGGCACUUUUCCUGUGUAAAGUUGAAAUGCAUGUGUGCACAUGUCUGCACAUUUAUGACACUACCGCAGUUUCCUGAACAUGUUGUGUUGAGAUAAUGUGACGUUUUGUCCACAAACCACCGGUGGAAACUGCAUCUGUGUAGGUUAAACCUUGUGUGAAAAAAAAAAAAUCCCACUGAUUUCUUUCUUUAAAGGGCUAUGCAUUUGUUUGAUCUGUCUUAAAUACUCUUUUGAACUGCGUAAAAUCACUCUGGCUCUCUAUAGUAUUAUUUUUUUAUAUAUAAGACCGUUACACGUUUUAAAUUAAUCUCUGCAUGUAGUCCUAUGUUACACCUUGUAAGUGUAUGUCUUAGAUUUCAGUUUCCCUUUUACGUGAGUACAGAAUUUAACCGCAAUAUUUUGUAAUAUUUUAUCAAAGUAUUUGUACGUGCCCCCCCCAACUCAACCCAUUCUUACAAUAAACAAAAAGGAAAAAUG